AUGGGGAUAGAAGUUACAGAUAUUUGCAUGGACAAGGAAUCAGAAUGUGUGAUAGUUUAUUCAGAAGGUCUUUCUCAUGAUUCAAAUCAUGAGAGAAUUCCCAGCGAUCAUGCGAUUUCCGAGUCAUAUGAGCAUAUUAAUGGAGAUCGUGAACCCCAAAAUUUGGAAGAGAGCAUUGAAGUAAAGGAAUAUGAAGUGAAGGAAUGUACUACAGAAAACUCUGUUGAUGUUUCUCAAAUGAGUCAUGUUGAAAAAUCUAAUGAAGAUCAGAAUGCAGUAGGCUUGAAUUCUGAGAAUGACCGGCCUGUGGAGAAGGUCCAACUGAAUUCUCGGAAAACGAAAGAUAGUAAUAAGUCACGAGCAUCUGUAAAUCACACAUCAAAAUCUGCUGCUGGAAAUGCUAGAACAAAACACACUGUUCCACAGCCAUUUACCUUGGCGACUGAAAAGCGUGCUUUAUGUGGAACUCGUCCAGUCAGUGCUGUACUUGAUUGCGGAAAUGGUGGCAAUAAAUUAUCAAACACAAGUGAUCUGCGACAUCUUCAUACCACAAAGCAUAACCAGCCAAUAUCACCUUUGAUAUCAAGGAAGCCUUUGCAACCAGAUAAGAAGAAACAUCUUGAUGAGGAAGAUUCCUGUUCUGUUGCUUCCUCCACAGUAUCACGGACUAUUAGGUCCAGAGCAACUGCUGCAUCAGCUCCAACAUUUAGAUGCACUGAGCGUGCGGAGAAAAGGAAGGAGUUUUAUACAAAGUUAGAGGAGAAACACCAAGCACUGGAGGCUGAAAAAACUCAAAGUGAAGCAAGGACCAAGGACGAGAAGGAGGCAGCUAUCAAGCAACUGAGAAGGAGUUUAAUGUUUAAGGCAAACCCGAUGCCAAGCUUCUACCAUGAGGGACCUCCACCUAAGACUGAACUUAAAAAGCUGCCACCAACUCGUGCAAAAUCACCAAAGCUUGGUCGGAGGAAGAGCUGCAGUGAUACGGUCAAAUUAUCCCACGGAGAUAGAAGCAAAGGAACUUUUGGUCGAGGAAAUCGUCACAGUAUGGGUAACUGCAAAGAAGACACCACUUAUGCUGGUUCUCCAAAAAGUGAAGCUCAGAUCAACAUCCAAAAGGGUAAUGCUGUUUCUGAAUUCAUUGAUGAGACUAAGAACGUGGAUGAGAUGAACAAGUUCGUUCCUGCCAGCCUAAAUGGACAGCAUAUGGACAUUUUUGUUCAAUCUUGA